AUGUCCACCGAAUUGAGUCCAAAUGAUCGCAAACUUCUGGAGAGUGUUGAGCAGAGCUAUCAUCAGUUGGCCGCCGAGGCCAAGAAGAAGCACUCGCCCGUCAAAGAGGCCUCGGAGUCGGGAAUCGUUAAAAUCAGAAGUGUUUGCAAACGACAGCCAAACCUGAGGAUGGCUUUGAUGACGGAAAGCGCGGAGAUUAUGGAACCGUUUUUCAUGGGAUGCGAUACCAAAGUGUCUAAAAUGGUUCAGAUCUCACUCAACGCCAUCCAUAAGCUCAUCAACUUUGAGGCCGUGUCUCAGGUCAUUACUGCGGCAAAUAAUCUGUUGAACUGUUUGUGGAAUUUGAUGGAAAGUGGUGUCGAAGAGCUAAGACUUUUACAAACCAUCACUUUAUUGAUCACAACAAACAGUUUAGUUAAGAGCGAGAGUUUGGCGAAAGCGCUGUCCCUAUGCUUUCGGCUUCACUUCACAAAGAACUCGACCACUAAUAACACGGCGUCGGCUACUAUUAGACAACUGGUGUCCGCUGUCUUCGAAAGGGUCCAAACCGAAGACCAAAUACCAGCAGAAUCCAACGAAGUCCACGACAUUAAGUUUGAUGACAUAAAGACUGGCAAAUAUACGCCCACUUCCUUACGACCGGCCGCUUCGGACGCCUUUUUCUUUUUCCAAGAUUUGGUGCAAUUGGUUAACGCGGAGCAACCCUUUUGGUUGACAGGCCUCACAGAAAUGACCCGAACUUUUGGUUUAGAAUUAUUAGAACUGAUAUUCUCUGCAUUUCCUGAUGUUUUCUAUAAGCCGCACAGUUCAAAGAUAUUCCGAGAUAUAGUGAACGCGUUGUGUAUUUACAUAAAAUCUCAGUUUCUAUUCGUGGACUCAUCCACCACACAAAGUCUGAUCGCAUCCAUUGUCAAUAAUAACAAUAACUCGAACCCAAGUGUUGUCACCUCUUCUAACUCAUCCAUGAACUCGUCCCUCAAUUCGAUGUCAAACAACAAUAGCGUGACCCCGGCUUUCCUUCUACGAGGAGUUUAUAUACCAUUGCUUUUCAAUACAACUAAAAUUAAAUACAAGCCCUUCUUCAUCGAACAAUUGGACAAAUUAGAGGCCCCGACAGCACCCGAAGGGCACGGCCUCUCCUCAGCCUUUGCCUGCGUUUUAGAGAUAGUCGAGAGCUUAACAAAUGUUAUUGAAUCUGAUUUGCAAAGCAAUUGCAAUGAAAUCAAUGAACACAUCGAAGCCGUUCAUAAUUUCAGUGAAGAGACGCGACUUCUUCACGAGAAUCUACUCAACGCGUCUUGCUGUGGAAUUUUGGGCGCAUUUUCGCUAUUACUCGACGCCUCUACUGAUGAGUCGGUGACUGAAUUGAUUUUGAGUAAAAUGAAAACAUUGGCCGGUCUCUACGGUAUCUAUGAGUUAGAUGAGGCCAGGGAUGCAACCCUGACAUCCAUUUGCAAGUCGUCUUUACCCCCGAAUUAUAGUCUUUCUGUAUUAAACUUAAGUCAAACGUCGGAAAACAACUCGAAGUCUAUUAGUCGUACAACAAGUUUAGAUAAAAGCGAUUCAAUUAAUAUAACGAAUUUGAUUUCACAACAAAAUUCUCACAACACUUCCGGUGCUUCUUAUUUGGGUACUAAUGAGUCCAGUGAAACCAGACAACAGGUGAUUGCUGUGGGAACGCCACUGCCCACACCAUCUCUGCCACAAAAUGCACAACAGGGACCUGUUCUGUUGACAUCAAAGAACCUUCAGUGCAUGAAUGCAAUCCUAAACGUAGCCAAUAGUCACGGUUCGGUGUUGAAUGAGAAGUCGUGGCAUAUAAUCCUAACAACUUUACAACAUUUGGUUUGGAUAUUGGGUUUAAAACCCACAAAUGGUGGAUCUCUUAAGAUUGGUCGGGCGGGUACAGAGGCCGGCGCCUCCACUAAUGCUUUAAUUACAACGGCCGCAAUGUCUGACCUACCGGUACUGUCGACAAUGCUCUCCCGUUUGUUCGAGUCCUCGCACUAUGCUUCUGUAGGCGAUCUGUUGUCUCAGGUCUUUCAAAGUUCGCAGCAUUUAAAAACUGAAUCGCUGUUACAUUUGGUGAACGCAUUGGUCAAACUUUCUCAGGAGUCAAUGGAUAUUGCAUACAAUAAUCGGGAGCCAUCUCUGUUUGCAAUCGCAAAGUUGUUGGAGACGGCAAUCGUUAACUUACACCGAAUUGACAUCAUUUGGAAACAACUCACUUCUCACUUCUUAGAAGUUUGCAGUCAUCCGCACAUAAAAAUGCGUGAAUGGGGUGUCGAAGCCCUCUGUAAUUUAGUGAAGUCAACGUUAUCUCAAACACAAUCGGAUGAAAAGCCCGAAACGGAAGCAGAUAACACUGAAACUACCGGAACAGUGAAGCAGUUUAUGUUUUUGUCUCCACUCCAAGAGCUGUCAUAUAUCAGUCAUCCAGAUAUACGACAAAAGCAAUUGGAUUGUGUUCUUCAGAUUCUUCAGUCCAAUGGCGAUGUAUUGAAUUACGGCUGGAAUCAGAUUAUUGAGAUCGUCGGCGCUAUCAAUGAAACGCAAAACGAGAAUCUGAUUCGUCUGGCCUUCCAAUGUCUUCAGCUAAUUAAUGCCGACUUCUUGGCGAUGAUUCCAUCCAAUUGUCUGGUGCUCUGUGUGGACACGACCGCCAAAUUUGGUUCACAGAUCCAAGAGUUGAACGCAUCGCUCACUGCCAUCGGCUUACUCUGGAAUAUCGCAGACUUUUUGCAUUCAAAUCAAAAUAAGAUAAAAAGUAUUUUUGAACAAAACCCUAAACCAGAUUUGAGUGAAACGGACAAAAAUAGUGUCACUAAUGAAUCAAAUUCUUUCGACUCCUUAUGGAUGGCUUUGUUCACACGUUUGGGUGAUUUAUGUAUAGACUCGCGAGCGUCUGUUCGCAAGAGCUCUGCCCAGACUUUAUUCGCCACCCUUUCCACUCACGGAACUAUAUUAGAGGCGAGCACUUGGAAGUCAGUUCUUUGGGACGUCUUGUUUCCACUAUUAGAUCGCGUCAAAGCACUGGCUAACGCUGCCUCCAGUGAUAAGAUAACUGAUAGUAAAGCCAUGGGAAGUGGCGGUUCCAAUAUAAUUAUACAUCACUCCAGAAACACUGCUCAAAAACAAUGGUCUGAAACACAAGUGUUGGUGCUGUCGGGUGUCUCACGUAUAUUAAGCAUAAAACUUGAUUUAUUGGUUAAUAUGGAUGACUUCUACAAGACAUGGACUUUAUUGCUUGGGUUUAUAGAGUCAUCGGCUCUUAACCAGAACAGUGAGGUCUCACUCUCUGCCCUCAAAUGCUUUCAAGAGAUUUUAUGUUUGACUAAAUGCGCCAAUAAUGACAAUAAUUCAAACAAUUGUCAAAACCUAUGGGACGCCGCAUGGAAUUCAUGGUAUAAAAUCGGAUCUAAAACGACUGAAUUAAAAGACAUCUCAACAGAAACAUCAGACAUUGUAAAUAAAAACAUAGACAUGACAUCAGUUUAUGUGCCGUCGCAAGCAUUCUUGACUUCACUCAUUCAGAUAUUUCCCUAUUUAUUCAUCCAUAUAAAGCAUAAAUUUUCUGAAAGUGAUUUCCAUAAGUUAUCAGAAGUAUUGCAAAACACAUUAUCUGUGCCAUUAAUAAACUCUGACGCGAGUCUGCCGUACAUGUUGUCUCUUUCGAUGGCCGAGCCGUUGACUCCUUUGCAGGAAAACAUACUCUUUGUUGUGGAAACUCUGCAAAAAGAGAUUCUCGUGGAUCCAGAUCUCCAUCCUCUGCUGCCAUCCAUUUUCCACCAAUAUUUAGCUCUAUCUUGUUAUGCCGUCAAUAUUAUUCCGCCACAUUUACCGAUAUUUAAUAAAACACCGAUCACUCCACAAUUGAUUUCUGCUGAAAUAUCGGCUCUUAAUUCUAAUACUUACACCUCAUUGGGUGAGAGGGCUCUCAAGAAUGCUCUGUCGCUCUAUCAGAAGACGGCCAACGAAACGAUUGUCAUUAAGUCUAAUAUUCUUCACUCCAUUAUUAAGACAUUGAAAAUAUCAUUGUGUUUGAAAUAUUCGUGUCCAUCACAAACCACUUGGAAGCUGGGCGUCAAUACGCUGUUGACAGCACUGCAAAUCGGACUUCCGAUCGCACGAAUCAAUUCGUCCGACUUUAUAGGGAUUUGGGCUGAUCUUGCGCUAUGUUUCGAUGGCUUCCUGUUCCCGGUCUCAAAGCCGGCGUCCACUCAGACCCUAGAAGAGCAACAAUUUGAUGAAUCACUUGAUGUUAAAAUUGUUGAACUAAUUCGCGACUCAAUUAUGCCAUUUGCCGCUCAGAUUCCGCAGGAGUUUGUUCUGCAAAUUGUAUCGCUUCUCAAUAAGGGAUCAAUACAUUCGGCGACCAAUAGUUCACCCGUCGAAACGACGCGAAAACUACGCGAAGACUUCGCGCGGACAUGUUUUGAGACAUUACUUCAGUUCUCGUUUUUGUCCCCAAAGGGAAAUCCGGGUCUUUUCAUACAGUCGUCGGGCAAUGAUUUAAUUCCCGACCACAGCAUCGGAAUCGUGAACAAAUUAGCGGUCACUUCAAUCCUUCAGCGAUUUAAUGAAGUGGUCAUCAAAUACGUUGAGGACGAGAGACUAUGUCCCUGUCCUCUACCCCGGCAUCGAAUGGGAGAAAUCUCUUUCGUAUUGAAAGCAUUGGCGACACUCAUAAUCUCCCUUAAGAAGGCACCGGUCGGUAGUGUGGAGCCGCAUGUGUGGGAUCUACUAAUCCGUCUGUACCCGCAUAUAGUCGACUGUACGACCUCUAACUCAGUUCAGGUGAAUCGAUCACUUCGGGAGGUAUUGCAUCAGUACUCAGACCUAUUGUCUGCGCCCCAACCCAUGUCUCAAAAAGCACUGAAUAAUGGCGUCUAAUAGAUGUCUGGAUAACAAGAAAUUCUGUGUUAUUUAAAUGAUUGACUAAAAGUUAUUUAUUAAUU